CACAGCUAAUUAAGGACUGUGAGCUAAUUGAUUAGAUGGGGAAAGCCGUGAAUGUUUUGGUCGCGGUUAUAGGCUUGGCAGCAAUAUUCUUACAUAGAACAGAGGCUGAUGAAAUCGAGCACAAUUUGGUUUGGACUAUUCCUUCUGGCGGAGCCGGCGAAUAUGCAGCCUGGGCGGCGGCGCAUCCCUUUCAACUUAAUUAUGCCGCAGGCGGUGCUUAUGAUAGUAUAACAUUUGAUUUUAAAACAGGAGAACAAGACAUUGCUGCAGUGACAAAGGAAGAUUUCGACAGUUGUACCACCACAGAUCCGAUAUGGAUAUUUUCAGAGGCAAUCAAUUAUGCGCCUGGUUAUGCCGGCACAUAUUAUUUCACCUGCACAUUCGCCGGACAUUGCACCAAAGGACAAAAGAUUGCCAUUACCUGGGCGAAUUCUACGGCGCCGGCACCUGCCCCAUGUCCAAGUUCAACAGCAACCACUUCCUCCGCUCUGCCACUUAAAUUUCGCUCCAAAAGAGUUAAAAAUUAAGCACAGCAACUGCUGAUCGACCUUUCAAAUUAUAAUUAUAAAAAUCGAUCUGCACUAAGCAGUCAUUUAUUUCUUUAUUUUCCUGUCAAUAAGAGUUGUAAUGAGUACAUUAUAUUGUACUGUGUAUGUCGAUGGACUAGAAAUCCAAUAACAUGUUGAUCAUUCAGUUUUUUAUAUGAUUACACCUGUGU